UUUGUAAAAUCUUAAGUUUGUAUCAUCUCAAUUUCUCGACCUACUGAUAAUAAGUUAAAAAAAUAGCUCUUUCUCCCUAUUACUCACACUAUUAUACAUACACCUCCACCGACUCCAAACACCACAUUUCCAUAAGCUCCUUUUCAAAUCUCUUUUGUUAAUGUUCUUAUCUUCCCACUGUAAAAUCCAACUUCUUUUUCUCUUCUGUCAUCUAACAUUACAAUUCCACCAUGGCUAAGCUAGUGGUGGAAGUUCUAGAAGCUUCUGAUCUCAUGCCCAAAGACGGACAAGGAUCUGCCAGCCCUUAUGUUGAGGUAGACUUCUCCGAGCAGAAACAAAGAACCCAAACCAAGUUCAAGGAUUUGAACCCGGUUUGGAAUGAGACCCUUGUUUUCCGGGUCCCGGACCCGGAAAACUUUCCGAACAAAACCAUCGAGGUGACAGUGUUUAACGAUAGGAAAUCCGAACAUGGCCAACAGAAAAACUUUCUCGGCCGUGUUCGGAUAUCUGGGGUUUCGGUUCCGGUGACGGAAACCCAGGCUGUAGUUCAAAGGUAUCCAUUAGAUAAGAGGGGUAUAUUCUCUCAUAUUAAGGGGGAUAUUGCUUUAAGAAUGUUUUUGGUGGGUAGCCAUGAACCUUCUUUUAAUCUGUUUAAUGUUCCUGUUAAAGAGGAUAUUCAAAGAGAGAGUAAUUUUGAAGCUCCUUCAAUGGAGGAUAUAAAUCCAAAUAUUGCUUCUAAUGGAGGCAAUAAUUAUGAAGAAACAAACCACCAUAAUCAUCACCAUGACAAAAAGAAAAAUAAAAAAGAAAAAGAAAAACCAGAAGUUAGAACUUUCUACUCAAUUCCAGCUAAAAAUCCCACUUCACAAACCCAGAUACCACAACAACAACCACCACCACAACCACCGCCUCAAGUCCGAGCUGAUUUCAUGAAAGCCGGGCCGCCACCAGCUAUGAUGAUGCAAGUACCGGGUAAAAAACCCGAUUACGACCUCGUUGAGACCCGGCCGCCAGUGGCGGCGCAUAUGGGUUAUAGAAAGGGGGAUAAUAUCGGUAGUACUUAUGAUAUGGUUGAGCAGAUGCAUUACUUGUAUGUAAGUGUUGUUAAAGCUCGAGAUCUUCCUGUAAUGGAUAUUACAGGAAGUUUAGAUCCAUAUGUAGAAGUGAAAUUGGGAAAUUACAAAGGGGUAACAAAACAUUUAGAGAAGAAUCAAAAUCCAAUUUGGAAUCAGAUUUUUGCAUUUUCUAAGGAAAGAUUGCAAUCUAAUCUGUUAGAACUUGUUGUGAAGGAUAAAGAUUUUGGGAAGGAUGAUUUUGUGGGUAGGAUUUUGUUUGAUUUAUCUGAAGUUCCGCUUCGAGUACCCCCAGAUUCGCCAUUAGCUCCCCAAUGGUAUAAGCUUGAAGAUAAGAAAGGGGUUAGAGGGGAUAGAGGAGAGAUUAUGUUAGCUGUUUGGAUUGGGACACAGGCUGAUGAAGCUUUCCCUGAAGCAUGGCAUUCUGAUGCGCAUUCAAUCAGUCAUCAUAAUCUUGCAAAUACUCGAUCAAAAGUUUACUUUUCCCCCAAAUUGUACUAUCUUAGGGUUCAUGUGAUUGAGGCUCAAGAUUUGAUACCAUCGGAUCGAACUCGCCCACCAAUGACCCAUGUUAAGGUUCAAUUGGGUAAUCAGUUGAGGGUUACUCGACCUUCUUCGGUGCAGACGAUGAACCCGAUUUGGAAUGAUGAGCUUAUGUUUGUGGCAUCAGAACCAUUCGACGAGUUUCUGAUUGUUUCAGUUGAGGAUAAGGUCGGACCAGGCCAGGAUGAGAUCCUUGGUAGGAUGAUCAUUCCUGUUAGGGAAAUCCCACAUAGAAUGGAGAUUUCCAAGCUUCCUGAUUCUAGGUGGUGUAAUCUCCACAAGCAUUCAGUCGAGGAGGACGGUGAGAAGAAGGAUAAAGGGAAAUUCGCGAGCAAAAUCCACCUUCGAUUUUGGUUAGAGGCGGGGUAUCAUGUGCUGGAUGAAUCUACACACUUUAGUAGUGAUCUUCAACCUUCGUCGAAGCUUCUAAGGAAGGCGCCAAUCGGGAUUUUAGAGCUCGGGAUUCUAAGCGCGAAGAAUCUUGUACCGAUGAAAGGAAAAGAGGGGAGGUUAACUGAUCCAUACUGUGUAGCUAAGUAUGGCAACAAAUGGGUUCGGACACGAACCCUUCUUGAUACGCUCGCUCCAAAGUGGAACGAGCAGUAUACUUGGGAGGUUUUCGAUCCCUGCACUGUGAUCACAAUUGGGGUUUUUGAUAAUUGCCAUGUUAGUGGGAAAGAUGAUGCUAGGGAUCAGAGGAUAGGGAAGGUCAGAAUCAGGCUGUCUACAUUAGAAACUGAUAGAAUUUACUCACAUUAUUACCCAUUAUUAGUACUUUCUAAUGGGGGAUUGAAGAAACACGGCGAGCUUCAGCUCGCUGUGAGAUUUACCUGCACAGCUUGGGUGAACAUGGUUGCACAAUAUGGCAGACCACUUCUGCCCAAGAUGCAUUACGUGCAGCCGAUUCCAGUGAGGCACAUUGACUGGUUGCGGCACCAAGCAAUGCAGAUAGUCUCUGCUCGGUUAGCUCGUGCAGAACCCCCCCUUCGACGAGAGGUGGUUGAGUUCAUGCUUGAUGUUGACAUCCAUAUGUUCAGUCUGAGAAGAAGUAAAGCAAACUUCUUUCGAAUCAUGUCGGUUUUAUCAGGAAUCUCGGCUGUUUGCAGGUGGUCAAACGAUAUUUGCACAUGGAGAAACCCGAUAACCACCUGUCUUGUUCAUGUGUUGUUCUUGAUAUUGGUUUGUUACCCGGAGUUGAUACUACCCACCAUUUUCCUUUACCUGUUUGCGAUCGGCGUUUGGAAUUACCGGUUCAGGCCUAGACACCCACCUCACAUGGAUGCCAGGAUUUCCCACGCAGAGUAUGUUCACCCGGAUGAGCUAGACGAGGAGUUUGAUACGUUCCCAACAUCACGACCCAACGAUGUAGUCAGGAUGCGGUACGACAGGCUUCGUAGCGUGGCAGGUCGUGUGCAGGCGGUGGUGGGCGAUCUAGCAACGCAAGGCGAAAGAACUCAAGCAUUGCUGAACUGGAGGGAUCCAAGAGCAACUGCAAUAUUCAUAUUCUUUUCAUUGAUAUUGGCAGUGAUCUUGUAUGUGACUCCAUUUCAGGUGCUUGCAGUGCUGGUGGGGCUAUACAUGCUUCGGCACCCUCGUUUCAGGUCCAAGAUGCCUUCUGUGCCAGUCAAUUUCUUCAAGAGAUUGCCUGCAAAAUCUGAUAUGCUGCUGUAAAACAGCUCAGAUUGUGUGUUAUCUUCCAAAAGGUCGGUUUUAUGGAGAAGAUCUCGUUUCUCUGGGGAUCGCCAUGCUCGUCUUAAGCUUAUUGUAUUGUAAAGAUGCUAGUGAAUCUUUUAUUCUCAGAUUUCAUUCAAUAGCUUGUUGUACAAUUAGUCAUAAAAUGAUGAAUAAAGUCAGAUUUUUUGGCAAA